AUGUCACAUCUCAAAUUCUACGCCUACGAAGGUCAAGGCGUCAGUAAGAGAGAGCAAUUUUCCUACUCUCAAGCGGUACGAGUGGGCGAUAGAAUCGAAUGCUCGGGUCAAGGCGGAUGGGAUCCCAUUACAGGCGAAUUUGAAAAGGAAAUCAAUGCGCAAAUCGACCUGGCAUUUCAGAACGUCGAGAGAACUCUAAAAGACGCGGGGGGCAAAGGCUGGUCGCAGGUCUACCGAGUCAACUCGUACCAUGUCCCAAUAAACAAUGAGGCCUUAGCUGCCAUGGUGCGCAACUUUAAGCAAUAUAUGCCUGAUCACCAGCCCUUGUGGACUUGUGUUGGUGUUUCUCGUCUGGGUGAGGAUGAUAUGCGGGUGGAAAUCGAGGUCGUGGCGCACGAUCCAGAGGGGGCUUGA